AUGGCUCCUUAUAUUACUAGUACUCUUGCUAACAACACCAACUCUCUUGUCAAGCAAGCUAGCAUAUCAAGUUGUGCAUAUGUUACGUUUUUGGCUGGUGAUGGAGACUACUGGAAAGGUGUUGUGGGGUUAGCCAAGGGGUUGAGGAAGGCCCAAAGCAAGUAUCCACUUGUGGUGGCUAUCUUGCCUGAUGUUCCUGAGGAUCAUCGCAAGAUUCUUGUUUCUCAAGGGUGCAUUGUGAGAGAGAUCGAGCCUGUUCAUCCUCCUGAGAAUCAGGACACUCAUUUUGCUAUGGCUUAUUAUGUCAUCAACUACUCCAAGCUUCGUAUAUGGGAGUUUGUGGAGUACAGCAAGAUGAUAUACUUAGACGGUGACAUCCAAGUGUUUGAUAACAUAGACCACCUCUUUGACAUGCCUGAUGGCUACUUCUAUGCUGUGAUGGACUGUUUCUGUGAGAAAACAUGGAGCAACAGCCCACAGUACAAGAUUGGUUACUGCCAACAGUGUCCUGAUAAGGUCAAAUGGCCUGCUGAGAUGGGUCCUAAGCCUCCUCUUUACUUCAAUGCUGGCAUGUUCGUUUAUGAGCCAAAUCUGUCCACGUAUCAUGACCUUUUGGAGACCCUCAAAGUCACCGCUCCUACCCUCUUUGCUGAGCAGGACUUCCUGAACAUGUUCUUCAGGGAUAUUUACAAGCCAAUUCCUUCAGAUUACAACCUUGUAUUGGCCAUGUUAUGGCGCCACCCUGAGAACAUUAACCUUGACAGAGUCAAAGUUGUUCACUAUUGUGCUGCUGGGUCUAAGCCAUGGAGGUACACAGGAAAAGAAGAGAAUAUGGAUAGGGAAGACAUCAAGAUGUUGGUCCAGAACUGGUGGGACAUUUACAAUGAUGAGUCUUUGGACUACAAGAACACUGUGGUUGCUGCUGCUGAAGCUGAACUGCAACCAUUCCUGGCGGCGCUAUCAGAGGCUGGUGUCGUUCACUACGUUGUCGCCCCAUCCGCUGCUUAG